GCGCGUAUCAACCGACCGACUCCAUCAUCAGCAUCCGACUCUGACAGCGGUCGAAGACAGCAUACCUAAUGUAACCGAGCCACGGCAGCAACGCAGAGUAAUUCAAAGCCCGGUCAACCAGGACUGCCGCUGCCGUCUGGUACCUAUAUUGUUUAUUGGGGCUGCCAUCUUACAAACCACCAAGCUGCAAAAUAUGUGUGUGCCCCCACUACCUGCAUUAGGUUGUGAUGACCCACACUACUUCCAAAUGUAUCUGUGACCCUCCCCAAUCCUGACUCCUAACCUCUAAUCCCUGACCUUUGACCUCCACUAUGGGCAGUGUUGGCAGUGGGGUGGCAGGAGAGCAGGAGUUUGCCAUGAAGUCCGUGGGCACGAGGACCACCCUGCCCCGAGCCCCUCCUCUCUCUCGCCGUUGCCCUGCCGACCGUAGCUGCAGCGCGGAGCGGUUGCCUCGCCCCCCAGCCACUAUAUCAGACGGGACGGCGUCUAGCGAUGAACGAGGGAGUGUUAGUAUCGGGACUGGGACCUGCACUGGAACUGACCGGCCCACUGAAACAGCCUCCUCCACCCACACUGAAUGUACAAUGACGGCCCCUUCCAACAACAACCAGUUGGACUGUGGCAAUGCAGCUGGCAGGAGGGAGAGGGAGUGGGAGAGAGAGAGGCAGCGUGAGAGGGGAAGAGACCGGGACCGGGACCGAGACUGGGACCGGGAGAGGCUAGAAAGGGAGCGCGAGAGAGAGAGGAACCGGGAGAGAGAACGGGAAAGAGUGGAGAGGGAGAGGCUGGAGCGGGAAAGGGAGCGAGAG